AUGUCUCCCUUCGAUAAUGCUGUCAUCGCCCCACCUCACAUCCUCAAACUCCUAGAUGAUCUCCAUGCCAUCUCAUCACAGCAGGAAUCCCAAAUUACCGCAGAGAGGCUACGUGACAAACAAGGCUUCGACGAGUUUAUGAGAGAUAAAUUUAUAGCACUGGAUCAGGACAAAUGUUGGUUCGUGUAUCAAACUUGUUUAUCAAUAGGGGCGAAGAACGUUAUUGAGGCUGGAACUUCAUAUGGCGUUUCUACAAUCUACCUAUCCCUCGCUCUGUCCCAAUCAUCCAAGAUCUACGGACAUAACCCAGGUAAAGUUGUAGCUACGGAGAAUGAACCUUCCAAGAUCACCCAGGCUAGGAAGUACUGGCAAGAAUGCGGAGACGAGGUCGAACGAUUGAUAGAUCUCAGAAAGGGGAAUCUGUUGGAUACCCUAGCGAAAAAUCUACCUGAUCAGGUGGAUUUGUUAUUACUUGACAUUUGGUCGCCUUUAGCCUUACCGACUCUCAAGCUUGUUCAACCCAGUUUACGCAAAGGUGCAGUGGUGAUCAUUGAUAAUAUUGUAGGAUCAGCAGAUAGAUAUAAAGAUCUCAUUGAAUAUCUGAAUGAUGGGGACAACGGUUUUAACAAUCUCAAUGUUCCGUAUAGUAAAGGACUAGCAAUGAGCGUAUAUCAGGGGCGACAGGCAUAA